CCGUUGGAAUGAAGUUGAGGAAGAUUAUCCAGUGGCGUGCCACUGAGCGAGUAUAUUUGGAAGAUGUCAGAAAGGAAUGGGAAUGGAGCCAUUGGCAACAACACUGAAGCAAGCUUCUAUGAUGGAGCUAGCUUCAUACCUCUUUCCCUUGCAAUAUCACACAAUUUCACCCUUUUGCUAUUCCUAUUCCAGAGACCUGUUCACAAGAAGUAAUCAAUUUCGAUUUCAAGCCAAGAUCAGUAAUAGUACAAGGGAUAAGAACCUUAUUUUCUCCAUGUCAAAGAAGCAGCAGCAGCAGCAGCUUUGGAUUAGCGAACCAGAAUUCGAUGACGACUAUUACUUAGAAGAGGAGGAGGAGGAAGAAGAAGAAGAAGAAGAGUCGAAUAUUUUGUCACUGAGUGAAAAGCCAGAGAGGAACAUGGUGCUGCUCGACGACUACGAGAUGGAAGAACUUGACUACGCUUCUGACCCUAAUCAUCGAAGCGGAUAUGUGGCUGUACUUGGCAAGCCAAAUGUUGGAAAGAGUACGCUUUCGAACCAAAUGAUAGGCCAGAAGUUGUCAAUUGUUACGGAUAAACCUCAGACUACCAGGCAUCGGAUUCUUGGUAUAUGUUCUGGUCCUCAGUACCAGAUGAUACUUUAUGAUACACCUGGUGUUAUUCAGAAGCAAAUGCAUAAGUUGGACUCUAUGAUGAUGAAGAAUGUCCGUAGUGCUGCCAUCAAUGCGGACUGUGUACUAGUGAUUGUUGAUGCAUGUAAAGCGCCUGAAAGGAUCGAUGGAGUGUGGGAAGAAGGUGUGGGAAGCCUUAAAGAUAAGCCGCCUACAUUGCUAGUAUUGAAUAAGAAAGACUUGAUCAAACCUGGUGAAAUUGCGAAGAAACUUGAGUGGUAUGAGAAAUGUACAGAUGUUGAUGAGGUCAUUCCUGUGAGUGCAAAAUAUGGACAUGGAAUGGAAGACGUCAAGGAUUGGAUACUGUCAAAACUUCCAACUGGGCCAGCUUAUUAUCCAAAGGACAUUGUCAGUGAACAUCCAGAGAGAUUUUUUGUAGCUGAAAUUGUAAGAGAAAAAAUCUUUAUGCAAUUUCGCAAUGAAGUUCCUUAUGCAUGUCAGGUCAAUGUGGUGAAUUACAAAAGUAGGUCCACAGCAAAAGAUUUUAUACAAGUAGAGAUAGUUGUUGAGAAGAACUCUCAGAAGAUCAUCAUCAUCGGAAAAGAAGGAAGGGCUCUGAAAUUACUUGCAACAGCUGCGCGGCUUGACAUUGAAGAUUUCUUGCAAAAGAAAGUUUAUCUCGAGAUAGAAGUGAAAGUUAAAGAGAAUUGGCGGCAAGAUGAACGGCUUUUAAACUACUAUGGCUAUGGAGGGAAAAUUCGAGCAUUAUAAUCAUGGAAGCGUUCCGUCAGUGAUCUCGGUACUUGGUAGCUAGAGCCCCUAGAAGCAUGGGGCUAAAUCACUUCCGCCUCUGGUAACGCCACUACACCAGCCGUAUCUUCUGGGGUUGAUCGGUGAUGUGGCUUUAAAUGUUCUUGUUGUGAAACUUGGGCCACGUGAUUGGACCUCAGUGGGUUGCACACCUCUAAAUUUGAGGCCCAUUUUGGAGCUGAUCUUCAAAGUGCCAGCGAAGGGCUGCUUAGCUAUGCUCUAUGUCAAGUUGGAAUAAGAACACAUCUAUGUCCAAAGCUCCAUUUUGCUACUGAACCUAAAAUUCUUUCCAAGUUAUAAUUGUACCUUUCUAUUUGUAUUCAUUAUAUUUGCAUAGAUAAACAAAUGGAAUCAAAUGCAAAUUUCUUCCGUCUUUUAUUGUGAAAA